ACACACACAUAUUCUUUUCAUUUGGUGUAUGUGUGUAUGGGUGUGCAAGUGUCAUCAUUUGCCGUUUGAAGAUGUUCGUCGACAUUUACGAUCAACUCUACAUUUCCUAUGCGGCUGUAGUCUCUACGCUUGGAAUUAUUUUUAACGGUUUUCUACUUUUUCUAAUAUUUUUCAAAAGUCCAUCAUGUUUAACACCAUAUACUGUAUUCUUGGCGAACACCUCUAUAACGCAGCUAGGGUAUUGCAUAUGUUUCCUCUUAACAGUUCCAAGAGUUAUAUCGAUUAAUCUACGGAUCGUUAACAUCUACCUCGGUUUUUCUCAAUUCUUGGGUCAUUGGUGGAGCUAUAUGAUUUUUACUACAAUGUUACACUUCGCUGUUAACUCAUUUCUCUCAAUUAUGUUGUCAAUGGUAUUUCGAUGUAUUUCUCUCAAAACCCUUCGAUUUCCAACAUCUGGAGCAUUUGCCAUGUGUAUCCUCGCAUAUAUGAUUCCAUUGAGCAUGGUUGUCUCGAUACGGGGCAUUGAAAUCACCUCGAAUUUUACAAUUAAUAGCAAGUACACAUUAUGGCAGUUGGAAAACCUGGAUAAAUAUAGGACUGUGGUGGGAACCACUAUGGCGCAGUUAUCAACUCUAUGGGUGGCCUGCUGCGUUAGCAUCUUGUGCAUUCCAAUAUACAGUGUCAUGUUUUGGUGUCGAUAUCGGAUUUUGAGAAUGUUGGAGCGUCCCGGAUACAUGUUCAACACAACUACAACUUUGCAAAUUAAGAGAUUGGUUAAGGCUCUGACUGUCCAAUCUUUGAUACCAGUAUUCACCUUGUUUCCAGCGUCCCUCAUAUUCUUAUCAACCCAAUUUCAUGUUAUCGAAACCACCAAAUUUGGAUACAUAAUCAUUUCCUUAUUGAGCUUGAGCCCCACAAUAGACCCAUUGGUAACCAUUUACUACGUGCAGCCCUAUCGAAAAUAUAUCGUGGAUUUGCUGUGGUCCGAGGAGCGUCCGAUGGUGUCUCCGUUUCUGUCGAAUAAUGAUCCCAGGUUCUACAGGAGUCGUUCCAAUAGUGUUUUGAUGAUGAGAAAUACCCAUUUUGUGUGAUGCUGCCUUCUGACCUUUUGAUCAAAUCCCAAAUUUUUAAUUCUGCUAAACCACCCCACCCUCAUUCGCUGCAGCUCUUGCUCCUGGAGCCCUAUUGCCAUUCAUUUAUUCGCCGCCGAGCUACAUAUAUUUGCAGUUCAAUGUGGAUACUUUCUUUAAUUUAGAAUCCUUACGAGAAAAAGAAGAAGAGAGUAUUUAUUCUCUUCCUCAUUUUCGUCCCAAAGUUUGCGAAGCCUUUCAACCUGUUUUCGGACGCCAUACAUUUGUUAUUUACGAGAAUGCAAAAACGUCAUUUGCAUUCAUAUAAAUAAAGCUGGAUGUUUUAUUA